UAUGCAAACAAGAGUACGGACAAAGUAGUCCUUGUGUGAAAAGCUCCAAAGAGACCUUACAAGUACGCAUAGAACCACAAGUUAAUAUCACUCGAAAAACACACCACAAAGACAUUUCACUCCAGAUGAAUAGAAAGGGUUGUGACAUUGAAGCAACAGGCAUCAACUACACCAUCUACACUCAAAAACCACAACCCCCUUUCAAGAUCUUUAACAAAGAUCAACAAGUUACACAACAUCAACAACCCUUUCCUGAUCCUGACACCAACCCCAGAGCUCGUCGGGUUCUUCGCGAAGUAAGUUGCCAUGCGAAACCAUGGGAGGUCCUUGCCAUUGUGGGCCCUAGUGGCGCCGGAAAAUCAUCUCUGCUUGAGAUCCUUGCCGGAAAACUCACUCCACAAACGGCAACCAUCUAUGUCAACCAAAAACCGGUGGACAAGUCAAGAUUCAAGAAGACUUCAGGGUAUGUUACGCAAAAGGAUACCUUGUUCCCUCUACUCACAGUCGAAGAAACACUAGUUUUUACAGCUAAGCUCCGACUUAACCUUCCUAACGUUGAGCUGAGAUCACGGGUCAAGUCGUUAAUCCAGGAACUUGGGUUGACCCAUGUGGCAAAUGCACGUGUUGGGGAUGAUCGGGUUCGUGGGAUUUCAGGCGGAGAGCGACGGCGGGUUUCUAUAGGAGUUGCGGUGGUUCAUGACCCGGAAGUGGUGAUUCUCGAUGAACCCACUUCGGGGUUGGAUAGUAACUGCGCGUUUCAGAUCAUAGACAUGGUCAAAACCAUGGCUGAGACUAGAGGCAAGACUGUGAUCCUUAGCAUCCAUCAGCCGGGUUUCAGAAUCAUCAAGCUUUUCAAUUCAAUAUUACUCUUGGCAAACGGCACCGUUUUGCACCAAGGAACAGUUGAUGAACUCAACCUCUCUCUACGGCUCAUUGGGCUUGAGCCACCUCUUCAUGUUAACAUCGUGGAGUUUGCAAUAGAUUCAAUUGAUUCGAUACAACAACAAAAGAACCAAAAGUUAUCAAAUCUUGAACAAGAUAUAAUUACUGCUUCAACAAACAGAAUCACACAAGGUAAAUUCACUUUACAACAACUCUUUCAACAAUCAAAAGUAAUCGACCUAGACCACGAUCACGAAGACAACAAAGAUCAAGAACAAGGACAAGACCAAAUGAUUACAGAUGGCUUCGCAAAUUCAAGAUUCUUCGAAGCAGUAAUCUUGACUCAUCGAUUCUGGAAGAAUAUUUCUCGAACAAAAGAGCUUUUCGCAUAUCGAACUCUCCAAAUGCUCGUAUCAGGUUUGAUCCUAGGCUCGAUCUUUUACAACCUAGACAUGGACUUGAUCGGGGCUCAAGAAAGGGUAGGUUUAUUUGCAUUCAUUUUAACAUUUUUGCUAUCAACGACAGUAGAAGCUCUACCAGUUUUCUUGCAAGAAAGGGAAAUAUUAAUGAAGGAAACUUCAUGCGGAAGUUAUCGAGUUUCUUCAUACGCAAUAGCAAACGGACUUGUAUACUUGCCAUUUUUGCUAAUUCUUGCGGUUUUAUUUGCCACCCCAUUAUACUGGUUAGUCGGGUUGAACCCUAGUUUCUUUGCAUUCUCGAGGUUCCUCCUCUUGAUCUGGUUGAUUCUCUACACCGCGAAUUCGGUGGUGGUGUGUUUUAGCGCACUGGUUCCGAAUUUCAUCGUGGGAAACUCAGUGAUAUCAGGUGUGAUUGGAUCUUUCUUCCUGUUUUCGGGUUACUUUGUGUCGAAACAAGGUACGCCAAAGUACUGGAUAUUCAUGCACUAUAUUUCAUUGUUCAAGUAUCCAUUUGAAGGAUUGUUGAUGAAUGAGUUCUCUGGUGAUGCUGAAGGCAAGUGUUUGGAGUAUCUGUUUGGAAAGUGUUUGGUGAGUGGUGAAGAUGUGUUGAGGGAACAAGGAGGUUAUGAGGAUGAUGGUAAGUGGAAGAAUUUUGUGAUUAUGGUGUGUUUUAUUUUGGUUUAUAGGUUUAUUUCAUAUGUGAUUCUUAGGGUCAGAUGCUCCCAAAGGGGACUUAAAGGUGCCCUUCUUUGAAUUUUUUUGGACAUUUGUAGUCUUAAUUAUUGAAAAAAGUGCAUGAAAUAUUAAGCUAA